AUGCCAGAUCCUCACUUCUCGGAUCUCAUCCUCCCUCAGAAUGAACAACUCUCCAUGUCCCAGCUCAUGGCCUCUCUCAAACGCACAACACUCACAAUUCACAACCGUCUAAACAGCAUUCAAACUGACGCAGAGUUUGUGGACCGUGUCUCUCAAUCAUAUUCUCCAAGACCACUUGUUGCUAAUGAGCGUUGUGGGAGCUGGUAUAUUCCGCCAGACAGAAAGGGUGCGAGUGCGUAUUUCAAAAGUACAGAUGGUCAUGAGAGGGCCUGGAAGUUUAGUACGAGGAGGUUGAAUCUGCAUUUGGUUGAUAUUAUUGAGAAAAAUGACGGUAUUAUAGUUGUCGACUCAACUCGUCGGGGCAAACGAAUGCCUGAUGCCCUCUCUUCAACGAUUCCGAUCUGGUGCACAGUUCUCAACCUCACCCUCCUCCCCUCAAACCCCUCCUCCUCAAAACUCUACCUCCCAGCCCAUCUUCCAGCAACAACUCACUCUCAAAUAUCCGCCCUCAUACCUGGUUUCGUCGCCUCACUAAAAGCUCUCAAUCUCAACCUUCCGACAUGCCUCACCAAACCAUUACGCCCAUUCUGGGUAACGCCUGACUCGAUCCUCCCCUCGCCUGAAGAUACCGAGUCUAUAUUCGAGGAUUUUCGGCCUGUGAUCUGUUGCACGGCUAGUCGCCGUGUAAUAGGCAGUGAGAUGGAUGAGGGAGGGUACAUCCAGGGCGCAGCUGAUGAUACUGAGAUGUGGGCACAUGGUCUCGAAGCGCCUUUGUUCUGGGAGAAUAUCGAUGAGCUUCUUGAGACGCCAGAGGCAGAACUACCAGAUCUUAUCACUAGACUGGUUAAUGAGCAUUCGGCUAAUAAGAAAGAUGAAGGAUCACAGACACAGAUCGCGCCUCACAUAUCUGUUUGCCCUUUACCACUGCCCGCCAACACGACGGAAUGUCGCAUAGCUAUUACCCAAGACACAACACCAAAGGACUCAUGGGUCAAAUCCAAAACACACAUGCAGGCUGGACUUGGGAAAAGCAAAGUAGCCAGUCGAAAUCUUCGAACUGCACUACCAGAUAUAUGCGAUUUCGCUGCCAAGUAUCUCGCCUCGGUUACGGUAUCUGAUCAACAACGCAUUGUUGUAGCAUGUGAGUCUGGGAAGGAUCUUUCAGUUGGCGUGGCUCUUGCUAUAUCAUGCUAUCUAUUUGACGAUGAGGGAAACGUCAGAGACUCGGUCGAAAAUGUCUCGUUUACAAAGACAUUAAUCAAGUCGAGACUGGGCUUCAUCAUGACAGCUUACCCUGGGGCGAAUCCGAACCGAGCCACACUACAGAGCGUUAAUAGCUUUUUGAUGGAUUGGCGCCGAUAG